AUGACGGCCAACAUUCUGAGGGAAUUCCUGAAGAAACAGGAGAAACCAAACUUUGUCCAGCAGUUUUGCCAAAGCCUCGUCUUUGCCUCACAGAGAACCAAAGAGUACAUUGGGUUCAGCGACCCCGAGUCCAAACUCAAAAUCAACAGCUCCAUAUUGAAUGACAUUUUUCUGAUGUCCUACAUUAACCGCAGCAUCCAGGCCAAGCUGCCCGGGGUCAUCAGCUGCACCAAGAUGACUUCGGAGCAGGCUGUGCUGCUGGGAGCCGACUGGGUUUGGGCUGUUCAUGAUUUAUCUUCCAAUAAUCCCAAGCUGCAGAUCGUCGUUCAGGUCGUUCACCUGGAGAGCAAGGAGCCGGAGGAGGACGAGUCCUGGGCCAUCACCGAGACCAUGCAGGUAGCCCAGGCCGAGUCCACCCUCGAAACCAAGCCCGAGAAAAUGAUCAAGUUCUGCUCCUCCAUCGGCAGCGACUGUUACGGACUCUUUCUCUUCUUCGGCUAUCAGGAUGACCCCAAGAACAUCUACGGGGUCCUGAGCAACAGCUUCCACACAGCGACAGAGGACGGCCAGGAGGUGAUCGACAGCCGCUCACUAGAGGACAACAUCAGGAAAACCAAGAUCUUCAUCAGUCUGGAGAAGAUCCUGGAGAUGGUUCUUCAGAGAGGAAAUGAGGCAGACGAGUUGAAGCCCAUCUGUGUGAAGUUUACUCAAUAAACCGCGCCAGAGCUUGGGAGGGAAGUUUCAAUGCACAAAGGUGGUCUGGAUUUUUACUCUUUCGUGGGUUGGGUUUAAAUGCUUGAUGGUUGCUCCUAUAGGGCUCCGAUGGCGUGAUAUUUUCUGACAUAUCUUCACUUGACGAAUGUGGGUAAAGGUUAUCAGGUUUUACUCCCCAGAUAGUUUCUGAAAGCUCCCUUGUGCCUCUGGUGUGAACAAGGUCUUUAACCGAAAUAACAGCCUCUGUAUUUCUUUCAGUCUACAAGGGUUAUAAUGGGUCAGAUUGUAAUUUCUAAUCAAGGAUCACACUUAGACUGUUUACUCAACUCUCCGUCAUGUAAUAAUCCCAUGGCGCUGGUGGUGUUGGGGUGCGGGGAUCUGGCCAGGGGACAUGAAGCUCUGGGUGAAGAAGUUCCUCCUGAACGCUGCUUUCAAUCUUUCUGCAACAGGAACUAAGUCCCCAGAAUUAAAAGCUUUAUCAAAAUACAUGUCCCAAUCAAAUAGUACAUUUAUUGACAACAAACCAGAAGAAAACUACCUUCUAAAUUAAGGUGCAAUCUGCGAUUUCUUUCCAAAAUUCUGCAUUGACUUUAAUUUUUGUGACUUAAGGCUGAGAAGAUGAGAAAUCCUGGGUGUCGAGACCCGAAUGGUAGAGGCUAAUUGUAAUACAAAUUUCAGCUGCAGGUGAGGCCAAUCUAUUGCGUGUGCGGACUCCUGCUGUUAAUGGCUCCUGGCUGUUUGAUUUGGGCUUAGUUUAGUUCCAGUGUUGGUAAUACCUGUAAUAUAGUUCCACCUGCAAACAACGAAUGCUGUUUUGUACACAUCGGAAAUUCCUACAAACCCAAGAACGUUUUUCGAGAACGUUGCCUCCGCCUCCCGAUGUGAAGGCGCUUUAUAAAUGUAGUUUGUUGCCUGCCUGGCUCACAGGGGCUGAUCCCAUCUGUCACAUUAAUCAAAAACCCUUUGUUUCCCUCUAGCGGCAGCCACUGGGCCUCACAACCUUGGUGAACGUACAGGUUCGGGGUGGGAGUGGGGGCAUCGGUCAGGCAAGCAAAGUCCAUCAUUUUUUCAAAAAGGAAACCAAUGUCAGUGAAACGUACUUCAGCUUGUUCUGUACACGAGAUGAGUUUUGUCGCGGGAGAGCUGUUUUAUCAGGACGUUUUAAAAACAAAUAAAUGAAUAAAUGGGAUUUGUAAAGAUUCCUUCAUUGCAGG